GAACCGGAAGUAACAUCGACAUCAACAACCUGAGUCACAACAACUCGGGCAAAACUUUCGCUCUCGUUAAAGCUAAAACGCCUUUUAAAGUUAUUUCCCUCGCUACAAAUGCUGUUUUGACGCCGGGUGUAUUAUGGAGGAGUUGUUUCCCUGCGCGUCGCGGAAGUGGUUUGCGUUAACGCUCAAGCUCGGUGGCUAAUUUAGCCAACUGGAGCAGUUAGCUAAGUUAGCUAAGUUAGCUAACUUUCUGUCAGCUGACUGGAGUGAAUUCAUUUUGACAGCCGCGGUGAGAGAACAGUUGUGUAAUAUGCCCAGGUGUUACUCCGAGCGUAGUUUUAACAAGGUUGUGGGUGUAGCUGGAUUGUCUGCUAGCUCUCGCUGACACGUCCUGGUCGUGGUUUUAUGUGGCGCCGAUAGAGCCCCGGUUCGCAAUGCUCCUGCAGCUGCUCCCACCUGUCAACUAGCUGGUUCCUCUCCUCCUGUCUCCCCCCGUCUCUCUCCCCACCCCCCCUCCAUGGCUCACUGCGGCUCCUCCGCGCCGAACGCCAAGGUACAGACGCCACGUCCGGACAGCAUCAUGCCAUCGUCGGGCAGCGUAGACCAGAGCAUGAAGCCGGUGCUCUUCGAGAUCUUCGGCGAGAUAUGGACCGUCCAGUCGCGGCUCGGUCAGGGGGUCUCGGCCUCGGUGUACCGGGUCAGCUCCGGCAGAGCCGCCACCGCCGCUGUGAAAGAGUUCCAGGCCGACACUCAGGGAGGGGACUACGGGUAUCACAAGGAGAGGUCCGUGCUGGAGGACAUCCAGGGACACAAAAACAUCGUGACGCUGUACGGGGUGUUCACCAACCACAGCUGUAUGGGUGUCACCACCCGCUGUCUUCUGCUGGAGCUCCUGGAUGUGAGCGUGUCGGAGCUGCUGGUGAGAGGCAGCAGUGGUACCCAGGGUGGGAGACCCCAGCAGGGCCACUCCAUGUGGCUCGUCCAGCACUGUGCCAGAGACAUCCUGGAGGCUCUCAGCUUCCUCCACAGGGAAGGUUACGUCCACGCUGACCUCAAGCCACGCAACAUUCUCUGGAGCGCCGAUGACGAGUGCUUCAAGCUCAUCGACUUCGGCCUCAGCUUCAAAGAGGGGAACCAGGAUGUCAAGUACAUCCAGACAGAUGGGUAUCGCGCUCCGGAGGCGGAGCUUCAGAACAGCCUCGCUCAGGCCGGCGUGGAGAUGGACGUGGACUCAGGCUGCACGUCUGCCGUAGACCUGUGGAGCCUGGGAAUCAUCCUGUUGGAGAUGUUCUCAGGAAUCAAACUCAAAGACACCAUCCGCUCGCAGGAGUGGAAGGAUAACUGUGCUGCCAUCGUAGAUCACAUCUUUGCCAGCAACAGUCUCGUGUGCCCUGCCAUUCCCGUCUAUCACCUCAGAGACCUUAUCAAAAGCAUGCUUCUCAACGACCCAAAGCAAAGAUGCACAGCUGAAACUGCCCUGCUGAGCCCAUUCUUCAGUAUUCCCUUUGCGCCUCACAUUGAAGACCUGGUCCUGCUGCCCUCUCCCGUCCUGCGUCUGCUCAACCUGAUCGAUGACAGCCAUCUGCACAAUGAUGAAGAGUAUGAAGAUAUACUGGAGGACAUGAAGGAAGAGUGCCAGAAGUACGGCUCAGUGGUUUCUCUGCUCAUCCCCAAGGAGAACCCCGGGAAAGGACAGGUGUUUGUGGAGUACGCCAACGCCAGUGACUCCAAAGAGGCUCAGAGGCUGCUGACGGGCCGCACCUUUGAUGGGAAGUUUGUCGUGGCCACCUUCUACCCCCUCAGCGCCUAUAAAAGAGGGUACCUGUACCAGACUGUGCAGUGAAGUCCCACAGCUCACUUUUCGCCUUCUGCGCUGUUUGCAUGCAACAACACUACUGCACAGGGCAAGUUACUACAGCCGACACAGAAUCACGAGCGGAUGCCCUGCAGGUUGAGUUCAGAUGAUUCAGUUAUUAAUGAGUGUAGUUCAAACUUCUGCAUGUUAUCAUGUGGUUUCCUACAGUAGAUUCUGUGUUUCACGCAAAGUGUGACUUGAACUCUGCUGUGAGGAGCGACAGCAACUUUAUAUCUGCUGCCUCCAGUCUGUGCGCGGCUCAUAUCAGUGCACAUCCAUGUAGUGCUUUAUAAGGUGACCUUGAAUCCACCUCACGUAACAACACUAGUUCCUGUUUGAGCUUCUAUUUCACUUUUCGUUCAUUUAUCGAAAUCACCACGCUGGAAGAAAAAGAUCUUCUCUGACGAGGGUCGCUCGAGCAAAAGCCUUCAACAAAUGAUCAAAAUUAGGAAGUUUGAGAAUCUGUGCUCGACAUAACUAAAUAGUUCUACAUAUCUGAGGAGUUGCAUCUCUUAAUACAUUAUUAGUAAAAUUAACUAAUCUCAUCAGUUGAGUUGGGGAUGUGAUUAGAAACUUGUAGCAGGAUAAAACUGAACUGAGUUUCUUCUGCGGUGAAAUGAGUGUCAUAUCUUGUUACAUGAAUGAUAAGAAUUAUUGCUACCUAUAUAUGAGAGGAAACAGUGUGGUACAAGGGGACAUACAGGUGAACUCUGCUUGGUUUCAGAGAGAAGUGGUUUGGAGUGACCUUACUACUACUCACUUACUCUCUGAUACUACCUGAACGAGCCGAGGCGGCAGCUGAAUAGUCCUAAAAAAAUAAUUUCUUGUGUCUUUUCCUCAACUCUUUCCCAUGAGCUCGAUGGAAAACCUGACGAGUUCACGGAAAGAAGUGAAGAAGAAUUCACGAGGAUCAAGAAUAACACAACCGUACUCCUCAAAAUUCAACAUGGAAAUAUUAAAAGGCUUCUAAUUUCCUUUCUUAAAGGACGGUCCAGGAGACAAAGGAAGGAAGUGUUGAAACAUUUUUUCUUUGAUUUUAAACAGCUCUUACAUUGGCUGUGUUCGGAUACUUCAGUGUCAUUUAUCUCAGUCAGAAAAAAGACUAUUCGACUGCAGCCCGCCGCUCCAUGUGCUCACCUGUCCCGUAGCCUUAUGAUUUAAAUAUUUGUACUAUCAGUUGACUGAUGCUCCCAUGUAUGAGGGCAUAGAAUGAGUUUUUGUGUUUUGACUGCAACGCUGAGGGGGCACACGAACAAGAAGUAAAUAUUUUAGUGUACUUGCUGAAAAUGAUCAAAAAUCCGACGUGUGAAUACAAUCAGAACUGUCCAACACCUUUUAGUCCAGCUGGAAAAUGAGUCGGUGAACAAAACAAUCGCAGCUGUUCCAACAUAGAAAGUUGGAUAGAAAAUGUCCUCUAACUUUCUAAAGUUGCUCUAAUUGACCUUGUAGGCACGGUGUAAUAUGAGCAGCAGCAGUGUGUGUGUGUGUGUGUGUGCGCGCGCAUGUGUAGAGUAACGAAUGUAAACAAAUGUUUCUUAUAGCAAAGGUUGCUGUUGUAGAAAAACUUGCAAAGUCUUCGUAUGGGACAUUUUCAAAUCCUACACGUAGUGACUUAAAAGAUUGUAAAGCACUGAUGCAAGGUGAAGAGCACCGUGCAGCAGUUACUGCAGUCAACACGCAGAUAAAGUGCGAUCUCAAACAAUCUUUCAACCGCAGUUUGUGCAUGAACCAGUGGGUUAAUCCCCAAAAUGCAGGACUCUUCUGUAAGUUUUAAGAAGUGUUGCAAGUUGCACGACAACGUAUUGUGUUUUUCUGAAUCAAUAAUACAACUGAAAUUUUACUAAUCGAGUCCAGGAAACAGGGAGAUAAUGUUCAAUAGCAGCGACUAAGAUUCAGCAGCGUGGAAUGUACGUUAGAGAUAGUUUUGUGUUGUGCUUUUCUUCUCUUGCUUCCACUUCAUGGUAACCAUGGAAAAACCAAAAAAUCGUACCCAUUGAGCCCACUGAAACAUCAGACGAUUUCUACACAAGUGCCCUAUGACAUUGAAGCUAGCUAACUAACCAAAAUGCUGCUAUAACAACAGGUUGUGCUACGCCUGUGCGCAUCGACUCCUAAUGUAGCCCGAGCCAUCGCAGAUGCCUUAGAGAGUAACGUCCCUCCUGCCCGGGAACAGGCUACAAGAGAAAAUAAGAGUUAGUCUCGUUAUGCAAAUUGUCGAUGUUAGCUACAAUAAAUGCCAGUGUGCUAAUGCUGGAAUUAGCUAAAAUAAAUGCUAUUAAUUGAUUGUAAACUGGUAUGCUAAUACUCGUGUUUUCUACGCAAAUGCUAAUGUACGUAUUGGCUACAUUGAUUUAUAUUAAUUGAUAGUAAUACCAGCAUGCUGUUGCUAGUGUUGGCAUCAGAAAAUGCUGAACAGAUGGUUUUAGUGAAAAGUUCAACUACUAAAUACUAAAAUGCUUAAUUAACAUAAACUGCUGUUUAGCGUUUAGAUAAAUUGCUUGGUAACUGAGAGAGUCACACAAGUGGGGAGGAGUCAGUAAAGUCACUGUGUGAUGUGCAUUAUAAAGCCAUAUUUACCUUCAGUUUGCUAAUUUUAGCUAACAUCUUGGAUCAUCCAGGAUCAAAUCCUCUUUCUUCUCUGAUAGCUCGACAGUUGAGGUCGUCUGUUGUGUGAAGAGCCACAAGUUGUUCACUCACGUCUUAGAGCACAAAUACAGAUCACUGCUCCCUCUACAUGUGAUUCAACUAUGUGUAAGAAGCCAGAUAAAAUGAGCGAAUAUCUGAGUCUUCUGCACAUAUAAAUGUUCCUGUCGGAGACCUAUUUUUUAUUAAAAGAUGUCUCCCUCCACUAUUAGACAGCAUGUUUAAAUUCUACAACCGAAAAUAUAUUAAAAAAAAACAAGUUGGAGGAAAAGUUGUCUUGUCCAAAGUUCUACCAAAAAAUAAAAACAAACAUAUUUUUCUAUAAACUUUAUUUGUACGUGCCUGAAAUGUGAAUUCCCAAGUGGUUCUCUCGCUUCGAGAGCAACACUGGCCUGAAAAUCUUGAUUUGAAACUUGAAUCGGACUCCAACCACUCGACUACACAGCACUUUCAGGAUUUGCAAUCUGCGGUACACGUCGUCAGUUUAACUCGUAACCAGUCGCCCUCAAAUAACAAAAACCAGGUUUAAAAACUAAAGAACACAUUUUCUUCCACAUAUGUCCACAAGACUUGGUACAGAAAAUGAAUCUUUGAUACUCUUUUACAGCAUUUGAAGUUUAAUGUUGUCUUUGGUUGUCCUUGAUGUAUUUUACACUGAAAGAAAACUCCCUUCGUGCUCGAUGAUGCAAAUGAUGAGAGCUGCAACUAACUUUUACUUUCAUUGUUGUCGAUGAUUUCCCCAAAUUUAUUGUUAGAAAACUUGAUUUGAAAUUUGAAAAUAUUCAGUUUGCUGUCGUAGAAGAAGAAAGAAACUAGAAAAUGACGCGUUUAAGAUGCAGGAGUGGGAGAAUUUUUACACAAGUAGGAAGGUUGUGCUCUUUUCAUGGUGUUGACGUCUGUGCGAGUGUAGACUUGAAUAAUAAGAGUGUUGUUGCAGUUACAUGAUGUGUGUGUGUCUAAACAAAUGAUAUUUUCCACUUAUGCCGAUCUUAAAAAUCGAUGCUUUACGUCCUCGGACGUGCAUUCGACACGUGGCGACACGCACCCAAAGUGAAAUCUACCUUCCAGAACUCAGUCCUGCCUGUUUUCCCUUCAGUUGAACAGUAGCUGGCGCCGUCCCACUUCACUUCAACAUCACACCUGACAGCCGACAUGAAGCACCAACAGGUGAUGAAACAAAAAGCACAGAGGCAGAGACGGAACCAAAUUUGACUUUUAAUAACGGCGACCAUCCGCUGACUCCUUUGCUGAAAAGCCACACUGCCGUUGUUGAUGAUCUGCAACACAAUCAGUUUCUGAUUGAUCCUUUCGUUGGUUUGUUUGUCAUCCUGUUGGAUGGUGCUGAUUCUGGAUCUGUUUUUAGCUUUGGGUGUGUGUGCAUUAAUGUUAGCGUUAGGUUGUCAGUUGUAUAUUGAGUUUUGCUGUUUGUUUUUACUUUGAGCUGGGCGGAGCAGGUUUUUCUACUGAUGGCUGCCUUUAUGGAUGAAUACGACUGACUGAUUGAUUGAUCCGUUUGUUUUUUUUACGACGUUUGCUUGCUGCAGGUGUCAGCCGAGCUUUGGCCCUGAAAGCACGAACAGUCUAAGAAAACAGCCUGCAGCCACAGAGCUGCGAACAUCUGCAGUGGAAAUUAUUUAGCUGUGUUUGAAUAUUAGACUCAUAUUUAUUGAUCUGAAUGAUACGACAUUAAUUUGUCAGCUGUCCUGUUUGGAGUUGGUCUUUGAGCUCGAGGAUAUGCAAAAGAAGCAGUUUUGUUUGUGUUCUUUACUCCCUGAUUACCACUUUUAUAUAUUGUUAUUAUUAUUAUAACUUUAAUGUUGUGGAUUUGUUUUAGACUGGUUAGUUUUUAACUCUCUGUGCAGAGGACAUGAUGAUUUUGACGCCUGCAUGAAGCAGUGUGCUCACAAAAGUAAAAAAAAAAAAAACUACACAGACUUCACACUGUUUGUGUUUCACCCUGUUAAUGUGAUAUUGAUGCACUAGUCAGUUAUAUCUGGAGUGAGUCUGUGUGCACGUUGUUAAUGUUUUUGGCCUGAUCUGAGCUGUCCGACCCCUCCGUCUCCUCAGCAUCAAACACCUCCAUCAUAUCGACAUCGACAAUAUGCAAACUAAGGCUGCAGCGUCGAGUUGUUGUCGACUUGCUGUACUGAUGAUGAGCACAAGUUGUCAUAGAGAUAGAGAGGUGAUGGUGUGAAGAAGGUCCAGUGUGCAGGAUUUGGUGGCAUCUGACUGCUGAAAACUUGAAUGUCCCUGUUUUACAGCCACAUGGCAGACACAGAAUUGGACCUGCGCUCUCUGCAGAUAUUAAGGGCUCAAUUUCUAAGCGAUUCAUUUGUUCCAGGUCUAUGAAAAUAUACUAUUCUGCCGAUAGAUCUCCCCAAAAUCUGUGAUGACCAAACUUUUCAUUGUAUUUAUUUAUUUUCCUGUUGGAAACAUCUGGAGGGCCAAAGUGAACCUCGUGCUGGGCCAUUGGUUGCCUGCGGGCCCCUCGUUGGGCCGCCCUGCCCUAAAUCCUGCAAACUGGACCUUUUUUUUAAGAGCUCUGUCACACUUGUCGGGGGAUCUUGAGCUGAAAACUAUUUUCUUCCAGUUAUGACAUUAGAGUCGGGUUGUGACGAAACCGAUGGCUCUGAUGCUGCCGAACAUGCCGGACUGGGUGUCAGCGAGUGGUGAGCUGAGAUCUGAUACCAGUUGGUUUAUCAGCCUGAAACCGGGCCCUGCUACUUCCCAGAGGCUUCCCAGUUCACCAGUACAGUAACCAGUACAGUCCACCAUGUACACACACAGGGCAAGCAGUUGUUUUCAUGGUUGAUUGUGAAACUAGAUGAUAACAGAACUUCCUCUGGUCGUGUUGUUCACGUUCUUCAGAGGUUCUAACACUUUGUGUCCGAGCUUUAGCGGCCAGUACGUAAGUUCAGGUACCAGAAUUGAUAAAGGAUGUUAUCCAAACAUUUCUAGUUGUGUGUUGAGUGUGUCGGUCUCUGUCCUGUUAGGAUUCAGUGAGUUUGCAUUCACUGUUCUCGCUCUGUUAUCCUUCGUGCUUGGCUCCAUUUUCUUCCCGUCUGUCUUUACAUCCGACUGUGUGGUUCUGGCCCAAACAUCGGUUUUUAGAAGACGCCCUCAGGCAAGAUUUGUGCUCGUCUUCCCAUCCGAACACUGAAGGGAAAUCUGUGCUGGCAGGAAAAAAUCCGGACAGGCUUCUGCGAAUACAGCAAAAUGUUUGUUUCUCUCUUUCAUUCGUUACAGGAUUACUGGGUGUUUAAGUCUUAACAUUUCUGACUCUCACUGCCAUUUCGGGUCCGCUGAUCCGCUUGAAAUCUGUUUAUCUUCCAUUUUUUUUCCAUCACCUGAGGCGACUCCUUCCUUCCUUUUGUCGUUCGCUGCUCAGAGUGGCUCCUUCGUGCACUGACAGAGAUUCAGGGGUUAUGAAACGUGACCUCUGACUACGAUAAGCUCUCAGUAGAGGUGUGUGUUUGUGUGUGUGCUCACGUAGAGGAGGAAGUUGCAGGAACACGUCAUUAUCAUAUUUGGUGGAAGCGUCUACCUGUGUGUGUGUGUGCUGUAUCUGUGUGAGACAGAUGUUCCGCUGUGUGUCGGACUGCUUCCCACCAUCAGUGUGUGUGUGUGUUGUGUUAUAGACGAGGCGCUGUGUGUCUGUUUGCUUGUAAUCUCUAAUCAUUUGAAAUCGCAGGCGGUGUGAGCAACAAGUCAGAGCGAAGAUGCAGCCUGAUAUUAAUGCUGUGACGUCUCCAGUAUCCAUUCCUGUUAACAAAGCACACGUUACGAGGCGAAUGUCGAAAUAAUUCACAGCACAAAAGUUACAAAAGUAAAAGUUUGACGCAGUCGAGAAAAAGGAUCAAAUACAACUAAAAAUCAAUCGGCUGCUCAGCGUGGCGACGGAAAAACUUUAAUAAAGAGUGUUGAGAGGACGUUGUGAUGAAUUAGUCGACUAAAGGUGAAUAAAAACUAUAAUUGUACCUUUUUAAAUGCAAAUCUGAUGGUUCGUAUCAAACAAAAUGUUGAAAAAUGUGAAUAACCGACUUCAUUGUUCUUUCCAAUUCUGAUUUAAAGGGACAGUUCACCCAGUAAAAUCAAGAAUACAUACUUUUCCUCUCAUGCGUUUUUGAUUUUUGGGUUGAACUGUCCCUUUAAAAGCUGCAAUAAUAGAUUUAUUUUUGUGAGCAGUGAUCCAAAAUAGACUGAAAGGAAGAAAAAGCAGAGUUAAGUGAUACAUCUCUGUAGGUUUGACACUUUGACACAUUAUUUCUGUAAAGAAUAUUGAUUAGUGCACCUUUUUUAGACGCCAUGAGACCCAACCCGACCUUGUUUCUGUCGUCCAGUCGGGUUUGUAGAAUAAAUGUUCGGCUUCUCAAACUCUGAAGGAGAAGAAUAACAAACCAAAACCAUGCAAUCAGAGUCUGAACUGAUCAAAAAUAUCAAGAUGUCAGUAUUAUAUUUUUUUAAAGACAAUCCUAAAAACAAAUUUUUGCUUUUUCUUGGUUGAGUUCUUCCUUUUAGUUUUAUUUGAACCAGCUGAAGCAUUUUUUGGUUAAAGUCAGAUGAUAUGUGGGAUAUUUGAAGAAGUGUGAUGAUUAAUUCGGCCAAAUAAAUACAAAUUGAUUUUAA